UCCGCCGCUGCGAGCAUGUCCUCUCCCCGGGGUCUCGCGCCCUCGCCGGAGUUGCCAGAGCAGAACCGCGGGUACCGCGAGGUUCAGUACUGGGACAGGCGCUACCAGGGCGCGGCAGACGCCGCCCCCUACGAGUGGUUCGGAGACUUUUCUUCCUUCCGUGCCCUCCUCGAGCCGGAGCUGCGGCCCAAGGACCGUAUCCUCGUGCUAGGCUGUGGGAACAGUGCCCUGAGCUACGAGCUGUUCCUUGGGGGCUUCCCUGAUGUGACCAGUGUGGACUACUCCUCCGUGGUGGUGGACGCCAUGCGUGCCCGCUAUGCCCACGUGCCCAGUCUGCGCUGGGAGACCAUGGAUGUGCGCGCCCUGGAUUUCCCCUCCAGCUCCUUCGACGUGGUGCUCGAGAAGGGCACGCUGGACGCCCUGCUGGCCGGAGAACAGGACCCCUGGGCCGUGUCCUCGGAAGGAGCCCACACCGUGGAUCUGGUGCUGAGCGAGAUGGUGGAGUACAAACGCGCCACGCUGCGGGACGAAGACGCGCCCGAGACCCCCGUGGAGGGCGGGGCCUCCCCGGACGCCGUGGAGGUGGGGUUCCGUGAGAGGACCCAUGGGCGCUGCGGCCUGCGCACGGCCCUGGAGCGCAGCCUGGCGGCGCUUGCUCUCCUGCUGGCUGCGCUGCUGCUCGGCUGCUUCAUGGCGCUCGGCCUCCAGUACCACAGGGACCCUUCCCACAGCACCUGCCUCACAGAAGCCUGCAUUCGCGUGGCGGGGAAAAUCCUGGAGUCCCUGGACCGUGGUGUGAGCCCCUGUGAGGACUUUUACCAGUUCUCCUGUGGGGGCUGGAUCCGGAGAAAUCCUUUGCCUGACGGGCGUUCUCGGUGGAACACCUUCAACAGCCUCUGGGAGCAGAACCAGGCCAUCCUGAAGCACGUCCUGGAAAACACCACCUUCAACUCCAGCAGCGAAGCUGAGCGCAAGACCCAGCGCUUCUACCUCUCCUGUCUGCAAGUGGAGCGCAUCGAGGAGCUGGGGGCGCAGCCGCUGCGGGAGCUCAUCGAUAAGAUUGGUGGCUGGAACAUCACGGGGCCCUGGGACCAGAACAACUUCAUGGAGGUGCUAAAGGCCGUGGCCGGGACCUACCGAGCCUCUCCGUUCUUCACGGUCUACGUCAGUGCCGACUUGAAGAGUUCCAACAACAACGUUAUUCAGGUGGACCAGUCUGGGCUCUUCUUGCCAUCUCGAGAUUACUACCUGAAUAGAACUGCCAACGAGAAAGUGCUCACCGCCUACCUGGACUACAUGGAGGAGCUGGGGCUGCUGCUGGGCGGCCGGGCCGCCGCCACGCGGGAGCAGAUGCAGAAGGUGCUGGAGCUGGAGGUGCAGCUGGCCCACAUCACGGUGCCCCAGGACGAGCGGCGUGACGAGGAGAAGCUCUACCACAAGAUGAGCGUGGCCGAGCUGCAGGCCCUGGCCCCCUCCGUGGACUGGCUGGAGUUCCUGUCUUUCUUGCUGUCGCCCCUGGAGCUCAGUGACUCGGAGCCCGUUGUGGUGUACGGGACGGAUUAUCUGCAGCAGAUGUCAGAGCUCAUCAACCGCACAGAGCCAAGCAUCCUCAACAACUACCUGAUCUGGAACCUGGUGCAGAAGACGACCUCCAGCCUGGACCGGCGCUUUGAGUCAGCGCAAGAGAAGCUGCUGGAGACCCUCUACGGCACCAAGAAGUCCUGCACGCCCCGGUGGCAAACCUGCAUCUCCAACACGGAUGACGCUCUCGGCUUUGCGCUGGGCUCCCUCUUUGUGAAGGCCACGUUUGACCGGCAAAGCAAGGAAAUUGCAGAGGGAAUGAUUAGUGAGAUCCGGAUGGCUUUUGAGGAGGCGCUCGGACAGCUGGUUUGGAUGGAUGAGCAAACCCGCCUGGCAGCUAAGGAGAAAGCAGAUGCUAUCUAUGACAUGAUUGGUUUCCCAGACUUCAUCCUGGAGCCCAAAGAGCUGGAUGAUGUUUACGACGGGUACGAAGUCUCUGAAGAUUCCUUCUUCCAGAACAUGCUGAAUCUGUACAACUUCUCCGCUAAGGUGAUGGCUGACCAGCUCCGAAAGCCUCCCAGCCGGGACCAGUGGAGCAUGACGCCCCAGACGGUGAACGCCUACUACCUGCCCACCAAGAAUGAGAUCGUCUUCCCCGCCGGCAUUCUGCAGGCCCCCUUCUAUGCCCGCAACCACCCCAAGGCCCUGAACUUCGGUGGCAUCGGUGUGGUGAUGGGCCACGAGUUAACACAUGCCUUUGAUGACCAAGGGCGAGAGUACGACAAGGAAGGAAACCUGCGGCCGUGGUGGCAGAACGCGUCCCUGGCUGCCUUCCGCAACCACACGGCGUGUGUGGAGGAGCAGUACAGCCGGUACCGGGUCAACGGGGAGAAGCUCAACGGCCGCCAGACGCUGGGGGAGAACAUCGCCGACAACGGCGGGCUGAAGGCGGCCUAUAAUGCCUACAAAGCGUGGCUGAGGAAGCACGGCGAGGAGCAGACGCUGCCGGCCGUGGGGCUCACCAACCACCAGCUCUUCUUUGUAGGAUUUGCGCAGGUGUGGUGCUCGGUGCGCACCCCCGAGAGCUCUCACGAGGGGCUGGUGACCGACCCCCACAGUCCUGCUCGGUACCGCGUGCUGGGCACUCUCUCCAACUCCCGGGACUUUCUGCGCCACUUCGGCUGCCCGCUCGGCUCACCCAUGAACCCCGGGCGGCUGUGUGAGGUGUGGUAGAGCCCCGGGUGGGGGUGGGGGCGGCCGGGGCCGGGGAGAAGACAUCUAUCCAGCCGCUAGAGGCCACAGGUGACAUGCACCCCCCCCCUUCUCAACCACCGUGCUGUGCCUCUGCUCUGGGGGCGCCUCCAGCAGAGGUCCCGCCAUUCACUGUGACUUCCUUCCGUGUCCCCCUGCCUGGAGGAGGCCUGGCCGGGGAGGGCACUGGUC